AUUAAUGUUGUUGGGUUAAUUAUGGGAAGUAACGUAAUUCAAGUUAUGAUUGAUUGUUUCAAUCAAUUACCAUGCUAAUUAAGGCAAAGAAUUCUUUAAAAAAAGAAACAGAUCUUGACCAUGAAAGAAAACUCAAAAACAGAGCAUAUCAAUGAAUGUCUUGUUGAAGCACGAGAGUUGUCUAUAAUUGACUUUUUGGAGCAAACGAGAAUGUUAUUUGGUGCUUGGAAUUGCAAAAAUAGGGAAUGAAGUGUUCGAGAAUGAAGAUUGUUGCUUCAUCAGAAUAUCUUUAUUCUGUUUAUGAGUCAGCUAUAAGAUACAUUGUGUGUCUUGAAAGAAAAACAUGCAAUUGUGACAGGUUUCAAUUAGACGAGAUACCAUGUCCACACACAAUUGCAGUGUUGAAGAGCAAGAACAUUACAGACAUGCACCUAUACUGUUCUGAUUACUACAAGCCAGAGGCGUUGGCAAUUACUUAUGAAUUUCCAAUAGUUCCAAUGCCAGAUAAGAAGGAUUGUUCUAUUCUGAAAGAAAUUUUGGAAGAAUUCAUCUUGCCACCAACAUACAAAAGGAUGCCAGAAAGACCAAAGAAAGGAAGAAAAAAGUACUCUAGUGAGAAGAUAAGAACGAGCACAAAUUCUUGUAGUCGUUGUGGCCAUGAAGGCCAUAACAGAAAGACUUGUAAUUUCAUUCUCAAAGAGAAAUAAUGGUUUGUUAUGCCAAGAUACAUUUUAUUUGGAUCAUGUACUUACAUUUACAUAGUUUUUUUUUAC